GCUACUCUAGUUUAUACUCCUCCAGAGUGGCAGAGACUGUGGCUUACAAUUUGAUUGUUAAUUUGUCUAGGGAUUAUUAGGUUAGGAUCAGUGACUUGUAUUUUACACUUUUGAUUACAAGCGAAAUACCGGAGGUAGCCUAAUUCUUUAAAUUAAGCAACUAUGUCCAUUUUUUCAUAUAAUGGAGGGGCCGUAGUGGCCAUGAAGGGGAAAAACUGUGUUGCUAUCGCAGCAGAUCGCCGCUUUGGUAUUCAGUCCCAGACUAUUGCUACUGAUUUUGAGAAAGUCUUCGAGAUGGGUCCUCACCUGUAUGUUGGCCUGCCAGGAUUAGCAACCGAUACUCAGACAGUAGAACAAAGACUCAAAUUUAGGCUCAAGUUAUAUGAGCUUCGAGAAGGUCGCCGUAUGAGUCCUACUGUCUUCGCUUCUAUGUUGUCCAACCUUCUGUAUGAGAAAAGGUUUGGUCCCUACUUUGUGGAGCCAGUCGUGGCCGGACUGGACCCUAAGACAGGUGAGCCGUUUGUGUGCAGCCUGGAUCUGAUUGGCUGUGUCAGUACACCCGAGGAUUUCUGUGUCGGAGGCACCAGCUCCGGUCAGCUGUUUGGCAUGUGUGAGGUGUUGUGGCAGCCUGAUCUUGAGCCUGAUGACCUAUUUGAAACCAUCUCCCAGGCCUUGGUCAAUGCUUUCGAUAGAGAUGCCUUUGCGGGUUGGGGAGCAGUUGUUCAUAUCAUAGAAAAAGACAAAGUCACUACACGGACAAUCAAGACGCGAAUGGAUUAAUCUUUUACAAUGUGUAUUUUGUUGUUCCCUUAACUAUAAAGUAAAUUAAAAUUUGAUAUUUAA